AUGGCUUCCAGCUCCGGCGCUGCGGCGCCGGCCGCGAUCACCGUCGAACGGAAGCCAGCGGCGGCUCGCCUGUCGGAGCUCGGCGUCAGGUCUUGUCCCAAGUGGGGCGGUCCUCCGGGGAGGCACGCGCUGAGCUACGGAGCGCGGCAGACGUGCUACAUCGUGAGAGGCAAGGCGAGCGCCACCGUGGAGGGCUCGCCGGAGAGCACCGCCGCCCAGGUCGGCGCCGGGGACCUCGUCGUCUUCGCCAGGGGAACGCAGUGCACCUGGCACAUCGUCGCCGCCGUCGACAUGCGCUACGCCUUCGAUCCGUCCUCUAACAGCAAGGAGCCAACGACUUUGCUCUAUGCAAACUGA